UAUAACAAAGAAAAAGACGAGGAAGUGUCUUUACACGACCGUUAACGUGAGAAUUUUGUUUUUGUUUAUACUUACAUUUUUGUUUUUUCUUGUCUGAAGUGGAGACUUGUCGCAUUUCGCCACAGUGGCUUCAAACAAGGGCGAAUUCUCCUCAUUCAAAGGGAACCGUCAUCUAAAAUCAGGGCAAAGCAGCUGCUUAACUUGCUAGCUGCCACUAGCCACUGCUAGCUAGCAUAAUACAGCCUAACUGUUUAAUGUAGUUUAACGUUAAAUAUGGCAGAAAACACGAACAGCGCUGCAAAUCUUCCUCCGGGAGAUCCGCAGCUCAUCGCCCUGAUCGUAGAGCAUCUGAAGAACCGAGGCUUGUUUGACGAGUUUAGAAGAGACUGUCUGGCAGACGUGGACACUAAGCCAGCUUAUCAGAAUUUGAGACAGAAGGUGGACAACUUUGUCGCGAAUCACCUCAGCACUCAAGAAUGGAGUCCGUCAAUCAACAAGAACCAAGUCCGUAAUGGACUGCGACAAAGUGUAGUGCAGUCUGGGAUGUUGGAGUCUGGAGUGGACCGAAUUAUAACCCAGGUGGUGGAUCCCAAACUGAACCAUAUCUUCAGGCCCCACAUUGAGAAAGCCAUUCACGAUUUCCUGGCCUCAGACAAGAAAGAGGAUGGGGCAUCAAAUUCAACCGCUGAGGCCGACCAGCAAGAUGCCACCAGCAGCAACACCACUCCGAAAACACAAUAAGUACAGUCCAGGUGCCAUGUGAUCCUGAUGGAUGGAAUAUACGUGGAGUAUCAACAGACUUAUACUGAGGAAAUACUCCCAUACUGGAAAUGUACUGCAUGUUUGGGAACAUGCUCAGACUUCUUGUAGUACAGUCCUUUUGUGUACGAGCAUGUAAAACAUGAGAAGGACAUGUUGUUCAGUCUAUGCACUAUAUCAGUGUCACUAUGAAAUCAUCCGUGAAUGCGAACACAGGUGAAAGAACUGAAUAAUUGGCCAGUUGAAAUGAAAUCAUUUCAUUAAUAGAAUUGUUUUUGCGAAGAGGAAACUGAAACCAUUCAAUCUGACUUUGUGAAUUGCUUCCUUUUUCAUUAGAUUGUAACAGGGUACGUUUUUACUAAUAAACAGUACUUAAUAGGG